CGUUUUUUGAAUGUGCACGCGUGUGAUGUCUGAUGAUGUUUCAUAAAAAUUAAAAAUGUUUAACAAAUAUGAAAGAGAUGAUGUUAUAUAAACAGUAAAAUAUGAAAUUUUUAUAAUUACAACAAAUGAAAUAUAGUUAGUGUUUACUUACGAAAUAUACAGUGAAGAGAGCAAAAUGAAUUCAAAACAAUUAUUGAGGUUAUGUUAUACCGGUAAAACUUUCUUUUAUAAUUCAUCUAGAUAUUAUACAAAUGGAAUUGAUAGAAAUAUUUUAAAAUUACACGAAAGAGGAAUGUUUGAAGAUUUGUUUCCAGAACAAAGUGCGGGUAGCAUAAAAAAACUUUUAAUUAAAUCUCCACAAUGUGUUUAUUCUGGUUUUGAUCCUACAGCAGAAAGUUUACACAUUGGAAAUUUAUUAAUUUUAAUGAAUCUUCUUCAUUGGCAACGAUCAGGUCAUGAUGUUAUAGCAUUAAUCGGUGGAGCUACUGGAUUAAUUGGUGAUCCAAGUGGUCGUAAUACAGAACGUGAUCAAAUUGAAGAAGUAUUAAUAAAAGAGAAUGUUGCAUCAAUUAAAAAAAAUAUAGAAACUAUAUUUGAUAAUCAUGAAAAAUAUUUUUGGAAAGAUCCAAAUUAUAAAUUGAAACCAAUAAAAAUAGUAAAUAAUAAUGAUUGGUAUAAUGGGGUUAAUGUAAUUGAAUUUAUUCAAAGAGUUGGAAAACAUUUUCGAUUGGGUACAAUGUUGGGAAGAACUUCUGUUAAAAUACGUAUGGAACAAGAUAGUGGAAUGAGUUUUACAGAAUUUUCUUAUCAAGUUUUUCAAGCCUACGAUUGGUUGCAUUUAUUAAAUAAAUAUAAUUGUCGUUUUCAAAUUGGUGGCAGUGAUCAAAUGGGAAAUAUCGUUGCUGGUCAUGAUUUAAUAAGUAGAAUUAGAAAUGACCAGGUUUUUGGAAUUACAUCACCUCUUAUAACAUCGGAGGGUGGAAAAAAAUUUGGAAAAUCAGUUGGAAAUGCUGUUUGGCUAUCUUCAAAAAAGAGUUCUAGUUUUCAACUUUAUCAAUUUUUUAUUAGAACCGCCGAUUCUGAUGUAGAAAAAUUUCUUAAUUUAUUCACAUUUUUAACAAUAGCUGAAAUUGAAGAAAUUAUGCUUGCACACAAUAAAGAUCCUGGUAAACGUGAUGCACAAACAAUAUUGGCUGAAGCUGUCACAAUUCUUGUACACGGAGAGGAAGGCUUAGAAUCUGCGAGAAAAACAUCUGAAAUACUUUAUGGAAGUUCAAUUGAAAAGUUGUCAACAAUGAAUGUCAAUGAUUUGAUAACAGCAUUUGAAGGUGCAACUUUAGUUGAAAUAAUGAAUGAACCAGGAAUAACAGUCUCUGAAUUGGCAAUGAAGGCAAAUUGUUUUAAAAAACAAAAUGAUGCAUUAAGAAUUAUUCCAGCUGGUGGAUUUCAUAUUAAUCAUCAAAAAAUAACUAAUGCUGAUGAGAUGAUAGUGCCGGGAAUUCAUAUAAUGCCUAACAAUUUAUCAUUGAUUAGGGUCGGUAAGAAAACUUAUCACAUAGUUAAGUGGUUAUAAAUUGUUUGACUAUAUUGAUUUUUAAUAAAUUAUAAUAAAACA